GAAAAAUCUGAUAGUGCAAAGCAGCUUUUCGCUAAAAAAUUGGCGGAGCAUCUAGUUAUGAUUGCUGUUAUUAUAUCGCACAUCUCAGUAAAGUGAAAGAAACAUCUGAGUGCAACCGUGAUCUUCGCACAGGGGAAAAAAACGUUAGCCAAACGAAAGAACGGUAUAGACCGAGUACAUUUGAAGUAAGCAAGAACAAGAGCAACAGAUCGGCAUCAAAAUGGGUAGCAGCGAAGGACAAACGUACUGUCUGCGAUGGAACAAUCACAAAUCCAACCUGGUCGAAAUACUCGACGCUUUAAUCAAAAUGGAGUGCUACGUAGAUUGUACGAUCUAUGUCGACGAUCAGGUCCAGUUCAAGGCGCACCGUGUGGUGCUGGCGGCCAAUUCGCCGUACUUUCAGUCCAUCCUGCAGGAUGUGCCAAUGGAUCACUGCAGCAUACUGUUUCCGGGUGUGAAGGAGUUCGAGAUGCGCGCCCUGCUUGAGUAUAUGUACACCGGUGAGGUGAACGUGACACAGGCGCAAAUCCCACGCAUCAUGAAGAUCGCCGAGCAGCUGGAAGUGAAGGGGCUGUACGAUAUGGCUGACCUAAAGGGUCGGUUCGACAAAAUGGUUGAUAUCGAUCAUCACCUGCGAGAGCGUGACCCAGCGACAAUGCUGCUGGCGAGCAACAAUAAUUACAGCACCAAGACCGGCUCGGGUGGCGUCGGUGGUAGCUGUAGCUCAUCGGCUUCAUCUUCCUUCCAGCAUGGUCUCCAUGCAACGACCAGCAGCCAGAACAACCCUCAUACGUUGCAACACCAAUCGUCGCCAGUGAUCUCCACGUCAACCAAUGUUUCGAUCGCUCAAAGCAGCAGCGCAUCACCACCGUACACCUACAAAUCUCCAUACUCUAGCCUUUACUCGCGUAGUCCGGGGGCCGUCGAAAGGGAUCGCGAACGAGAAGAGCGCAGUCGCGAUCGUUCUUCCUCGUUCUCUCAUGCUACCUCCUCACCGCACAUUCAGUCUACUACCAGUACCAGCUCGAGCACGACAACGAUCCAACAGAUUGGCGGCCAAGGACCUCAGGGCGGAACAUCGACAUCCCAUCCGACAACCGGUACCCCUUCGGGUAGUUCUUCAGCCACUCAACCAUCAACUGCUGCCGCUGCGGCAGCCUUAGCUGCCAGUUGGCCAGGACUUAGCGGCCAGAUACCCGUAUCGCUCGGACAAACGCAGUUGCACAGUAUGCUGAGCUCGGCCUACGAUUCAAGCACGGACAUGAAUCCACUUAAACGCAAGAAGCUUCAGUCAAUGUCAAGUAUGCUGCGUGACACUCCUAUUCUGCGUAAUGUGUUGGCACAAGCCAAUCCGGCCGAUUCUUCGCAGCCUGGUGCUUCUCCCUCCGGUACAUCAUCAUCGGCAGUGUCUACUAUCCAGCCAAUCCCGGGCAGCAUGAAGCCUGAUUCCGAGCGUCCUGGCAGUCACCAUUCCAAUGGUAGCGGUUAUAAGCUAAUAAAAGAGCCACCACACUCGCCAUAUGCUGAUAAGUCAUUCGAGGACGAUCUGAUGGAUUCACCACACAAUUUCAGUGGCGAUGCGCGACUUGCCUCAUAUGUACCACAUCAGCAGCAGAAACCCGAGUGGAAACGCUACAAGCAGUAUACUCGGACAGACAUCUUGAACGCGAUCGACUGCGUGCGGAAGGGUAUGAGUGCAUUGCAGGCUUCACGUAAGUUUGGAGUUCCUUCGCGUACACUGUACGAUAAGGUGAAGAAGUUGGGCAUUACUACUGGCCGACCGAUUAACCGAGGGCUAAAGCGCUCACCAAGUUCGAGCAGUAGUCCGGCACCGUUUCCGUACGGAUUGAGUGGUGCAAGUCAUAUGUUUGGACCUGGUUCAUCCGGCGGUUCCGGAGCACACCCGGGUGACCAUCACCAGCAGAUUGCAUCUCAGUCUCAACAGCAGGAUGAGGAAACGGCAGCAGCGGCGGCAGCUUCGGCCGCUGCUGCAGCCCUAGCACACCAUGAAGCUACCGGUCGGAUGAUUAAGCUAGAGCACGGCAGCCACCAUGGAAUUCCACCGACGAUACCCCACCCAGCAGCCGCCCUGCUCGAUCCUUCUUUUCUGCAACAAGCACUCGAAGCGCGUGGAGGUGAUAUUGCUGGUCGAGAAGCUCUUCAUGCGAUGGCCUUCGCGGCAGCCGCUCAUGCGGCUGUAAACGGAAUGAGCACGUCUCCGGGUACGCAUGGUACAGCUCGAUCUCCGAGCCCAAAUGUGCUGAUGAAGUACAUGCGCUCUGUGUCGAUGAGCUCUCCGGAAGAUGAGCGUCACCAUCCUCAACAUCCACCCCAACAUCCACCGCGGGAUGCUGAGAUGGAUGAAGCUCUUCCGGACGCAAGGCAGCGACAUCACAAUGGGGCGGAUGCGCUAGCCUCGUACGGUGGUCGACGUGCUGCUAUCGAACAUCCAAUGGAGCAGGACUCGAUCGAUGAGACCGGCAGUGACUGCGGUGGACGUGCAUCUAGCAGAGCUGCACCAGAGCCACAGGACGACCAUGUCGAGGAUUUGUCGAUGGGACCGAAGCGUGACUCAGAAGAAAGAGGUCUCUCGGUGUCUCCCCCCCUGGCCGAUUUACGUCGACCUUCAUCACACCGCUCAAGAUCACCGUCCCCUCAUGUGCCCCCGCAACCACAGCCGCAGCAACAAGGCGUCAUAGUGCCUGCUCCCGGUAAGCUGAAGGAAGACUACAACAUCUCCAUCAAGCGUGAAAUCAUCGCCGAUAGCAACGCACCGUCGGAGUCAUCGUAG